UGGUUGGACUGGGAGAUGUGAUGAGUCCAGCAUCUUAGUUGAUCGUCGCCGUGGAAGUGUCGUCCGAGUCCUCUUCUGUUGUUUCUCCCGUCGACACCGUGUUCUCACAUACAAGUCAAAGUCGAGAUUCGGCAAUCACCCAUAUACUGAUAUAAUUCUUUUUUUAAAGAUUCGUAGUGUAGUCUGCAAAUGUGACUUCCCGAGGUUUGGGUUUGGCAUCAUCCUGGCCCAAAAAUGCAACUGCUUCUUUGGAAUUUUGAAGAUGAUCUAGAUUCGCCAGUUCUCUUUUACGAAAACUGAGAAUAAGAAUGAAAAUCUCUUUUGGAACUCUGAUUGCUGCCAUCGUGGUUUUCAUCAGUUUUAGUGAUGGUAGUAAUCAGCCGCCACAAACACCGAGUCGGCGUAAAAGACGAGAUUCGGAAAGACCAGAUCACGCUGCGAUGCAGGGACAAUUCGACGGCCAUACUCAACCAAUUUAUAACAAUCAAUGUCAAUGGCAAUCCAGGGUUACGUCCAAUAUCAACACGUCCCGCAGGACACGACAAUUUAUUUGCAAGAAGUAGCAAUCUUGGAUCAACUCCUAGAAAUCCAUUUGCGCGACCACGACGUGACAACUAUUCAGCAGGUCUGCCAAUGCAAAGAGAGCCCGUGUAUGUGUCUAUGCCGCAACCACCACUAGGAUACAACAACGCUUCAAUAGGGCUGCCAAUGCAAAGAGCGCAGAUGCAAUUAGGUUCAAGAAGUGACUCAUCUUCAGGUUCUUGGAACCCGGAAACGAGCUCCAGCUACAGAUCACGCAGGCGUUUUUCAGAAGAAGAAGAAGAAGCGGCCAAAAUUCUAUUAAAAAUAAAUUCCAUGGCAGUAGAUGGAUUAAGUUCAAGCUCCGGGAAUCAGCACGGGGAGGCGCGUCUCGAUGCCUGGAGCCGACCACGGGGGAAAUUUCGACCGGGAGAUAUCGAACGUCCUGUCGUGAAUAUUAAAGGUGAUCCAGAUAGGAAGUUCGAGUUUAUGGAACAUAUAGUUAAAUUGUGGUUGGAUAAAAUGGAACCAAAAGUAGUGCAAGCUGACUUUGAUGGCAAUAACCCUCCUAGGGGCGGUAAAGAUUAUAAACGUAAUAAUUUUCUAUGCCGUCCUGCUGCAAUAAGAGGCUUUAUGACGGUUGUAUAUAUAUACAAAAAUGGAACACUUAUGGGAGUCCGAGCACCGUUUAACUCAAAACGGGACAUUGUGGAACCUAGCAGUAAAUUGUGGUUUAUUGCUUUUGCAAAAAACAUCUUUAAAGUAGAACUAAAUGAUAAAACAGAAAUGCCAGAAGACAUUUAUCUUGCAACUGGAAAUGAACUGAAAGAAGGUGAUCCAUACGAAGCGGUUGAAUUUCCUUGGGGAGACAGAUGGAAAAAGAUCACAUUUUUUAUGUACAGAGAUCAGAAAGACAAAAAAAAAGUUACGGGAGCUUCGCUUUACCCGCCACAACCUCCAACUACAGUUGGACAUUCUGCUGGCAAUCUACAUAAUCUGAUGAAUGAAAACUUGAAUAUUUAAAAAUUAUUCCUACUAUGUACAAUUAGGUUUUUGAACAGAGCAAGUAAAUAAAUGUUCACAGAUGUGUUCAAUUAUGAUCUCACACUGCUUUUUUCAACAUCCCAACCAGGAAUAUAAUUAUUAAAGAGUGCAGGUGUGUUUGGAUUAUUUCUACCAACGCCGGUAGUUAGCGCUCUAACUCUGAGAAAAGUUCGAUAGAUGAUAUUAUUUUAAUUCUAAGGCUUUUAUUACUAUCUUAGUACUCAUUUUCAAACUCUUGCAGUUUGAAGUUACACAAUUUUGAUCGGAUCAAAAUUAACAUUGUUUAGUAUUUAUCGCCUGAAUUUAUAAAUUAUUUAUUAAUUUGUUACUGCGCUUGUCUAGAAAUAUUUCACUCUGAAAUUUGAAAUCCAAGUUCAAUAAAAAUAGCGGGUCUGAAAUGGUGAAGACAAACUCGAAAAACUUAUCCAAUCUUAAUGAAAUUUAAGAUUAUGCGGUUUUUAGGAAGUUGCGUUAAAACUGAAAAUCCAAAUUUCCAAAAUUAAAAUAGCCGCUACUUGAAAAAAUUAUCAGACCUACAAUAAAAUGCGAGUAGUAUGCAAGAUGGCCUUGAUUUCAAAUUAAAUUUUAGAGCUAGAGCGCAUCAAAUGGUCAAUAUUGUUUAAUUAUAAAGACUAAUUGUCAAAUCGAUACAUAAUUUUAAGUGCGCUUUUAGAUGUUUAUUUUGUUGACUGUGAAUUUUCUUUGGCUAAAACUCCUUUGGCUAAUGCUCCUUCGGCCUCAACGUCGGUCUGGGAUUACUUAUUCAGAUACUGCAAAAUAACAUACAAAUUGUACUUAGAAUCAUGACAUUAUUAUUCGUUUUUACU